AGGCCUUCAUUCCAGAAGAGCUUGUAGUGGAGAUUCUGUCAAGGAUUCCAGUGAAGUGUCUUCUGAAAUUCAGGUGUGUAUGCAAGUCAUGGAACUCUCUCAUCUCUGACUCUUACUUCAUCAAAAAGCACCUUCACCACUUCACACACCAUAACAGAAUCAUUCUCAGUGCCACAACCGCUGAGUUUCAUCUCAACUCUUGUUACUUAAACUCUCUCAUCUCUUCAACUUCUUCAACCACCAUUUCUGAACACCUUAACUACCCUGUCAAGAACAAGUACCGCCAUGACGGCAUCGUUGGUUCUUGUGACGGCCUUGUUUGUUUCGCCAUUAAAGGUGACUGUGUUCUUCUCUGGAACCCCUCCAUUAGGGUCUCAAAAAAGUCUCCACCUUUGGGCAAUAAUUGGAGACCCGGUUGCUUCACUUCCUUUGGUCUUGGCUAUGAUCAUGUCAAGCAAGAUUACAAGGUUGUUGCUGUGUUCUGUGAUCCCAACCACUUCUUCAGUGAAUCCAAGGUUAAGGUUUAUAGCAUGGCAACAAAUUCUUGGAGGAAGAUUCAGGAUUUUCCUCAUGGUGUCACCCCAUAUCAAAAUUCAGGGAAAUUCGUCACUGGAACUCUUAAUUGGGCCUCCAAUUUCACUCUUGGAUCGACCUCUUCUUGGAUUAUAGUUUCUUUGGAUCUUCAGAAGGAGAGUUACAGGGAAAUUCUGCCACCUGAUUAUGAAAAAGAGGAGACUUCAUCAACACCUACUUUGGGUGUUCUUAAUGAAUGUCUGUGCAUGAGUUAUGAUCAUAAAAGAACUCAUUUUGUUGUGUGGCUGAUGAAGGAUUAUGGUGUGACAGAGUCAUGGAUCAAAUUGGUGACAGUUCCUUAUCUUCCUAACCCUGAAGAUUUUUCAUAUUCAGGGCCAUAUUAUGUUUCAGAAAAGGGUGAAGUGCUUCUCAUGUUUGAGUUUGACUUGGUUCUGUUUGACCCAAGUGAUCGUUCCUUCAAGUAUCCUAGGAUUCAGAAUGGCAAAGGUUGGUUUGAUGCAGAGGUUUAUGUUGAAACACUAGUUUCACCAAUGAAGCAUUAAGCUUUUUAAUUUGGUUCUGUUUUAUAUCCUAUGUGAGUAAGAAUAAAAAUGUUGUAAAUUAUUUUAAAUCUUUGCAACCUUUAUUUUUGCUCGUUUUUGUUCUAAGUUCUUAAUGAUGUGUAAUAUGUCAAAGAUGUGUAUAGAAUGAUGUUAUGAGUUGUUUUU